AGCACCACUUGUUAAACUUGAUAAAAAAGUAAAUGAUUUGCCAGGGGCAACCUAUAACUUGGUCUCGUGCAUUUGUACAAAAUAUAAGUAACACCUAUUUUAAUUGUGUUAAGCCAUAUUGCAACCUUCAUUGCAGGUGCUACAGAAAACUGCUUCCUGGAGAAAUGGAUUGGAUACAUCCAAUUACAAUAUUUUUCUUAAUUGCCCUUAUAAUUUUGCUGGUUUUAAAAAUGGGCCAUUUCUGGAAUUACAGUUCCCGAAAUCCUCUACCAGGUCCCAAGCCUUUACCAAUUAUUGGAAAUCUUCAUAUAAUAGAUCGGGAGAGGCCUCACAGAACAAUGCUGAAGUUGUCAAAAGUUUAUGGCCCCAUCUUCAGGAUCCAAAUGGGAUUCCAGAAAAUGGUAGUGUUGAGUGGGUAUGAGAUGGUGAAAGAGGCGCUGGUGAACCAGGCUGAUGCAUUGGCUGAGAGGCCCAUCACCCCAAUAUUUGAAGAAUUUACAAAUGGCCUUGGUAUUACUUUUUCGCAUGGUGAGAACUGGAAAGUGAUGCGGAGGUUCACCUUAUCCACACUUCGGGACUAUGGAAUGGGCAAGAGAACCAUAGAGGAUAAAAUUGUUGAAGAGUGCAAUGUCCUGACAAAGAAACUGGAAUCUUAUAAAGGGAAACCACUUGAGACAACUGCAAUCAUGAAUGCAGCUGUUGCCAACAUUAUAGUAGCCAUACUACUUGGAAGGCGAUACGAAUAUGAAGAUCCCAAAUUUCGAAGAUUACUGGAGUUAAUCAAUGAAAAUGUCCGGGUUGCGGGAAGCCCCUCAGUCCUGUUCUACAACAUGUUUCCUGCUCUCGGUUUCCUUUCUGGUGGUCGAAAAAUUAUCCUUGAUAACAAAGAGGAGUUUUUGGCUUUCAUAGAGGCUACAUUCAUAGAACACCUCAAAGAGUUGGAUGAAAAUGACCAGCGGAGCUUUAUUGAUACCUUUCUUGUCCGGCAGAAAGAGGAGAAGAGCAACAAUGUUAAUGGAUAUUUCCAUAAUGAAAAUCUAAAAACUCUUGUGGCUAAUUUAUUUACUGCUGGCAUGGACACCACUUCCACCACCUUGCGCUGGGCCCUUUUGCUCAUGAUGAAGCACCCAGAAGUUCAGCUCCAAGAAGAAAUUGCUGUCACUAUUGGGUCUGCCCAGCCACGGUCUGAACACCGAAAAGAAAUGCCAUACACAGAUGCAGUAAUUCAUGAAGUUCAAAGAUAUGCUAAUAUUAUCCCAACCAACUUGCCACAUGCAACUACUCAGGAUAUUACUCUUAAAGGCUACUUCAUCCCAAAGGGUACCCACAUCGUUCCAUUACUGUCCUCUGUGCUCCACGAUGAUUCUCAAUGGGAGAAACCACUUAAAUUCUAUCCUGAGCAUUUUCUCGAUCCUGAAGGGAACUUUGUUAAGAGAGAUGCCUUCAUGCCUUUCUCUGCAGGUCGGAGGCAAUGUGCAGGCGAGACCCUUGCCAAAAUGGAGCUUUUCCUGUUCUUUACAACUAUUAUGCAGAGAUUCACCAUCCAGCCAGCCCCUGGCACCUCUAGGGAAGACCUGGACCUUACCCCUUCAAUUGGGUUUACAACACCCCCAAUGCCUUUUGAUGUCUGUGCUGUGCCCCGUUGAGAAGGCUCAAGCCUGCUAUGGGUCCAUUUAAACAUUUCUUCUGCUGUCUUAUUAACCAAUAAAAUCUGACUUUAUAAACUA